AAAGCCCAUCCCAUUUUAAUAUUUUAACAACUAACAAAAUAUUGGGCGGUUUAAUUAAUGGCAGAAGGUCAAGAAACUCAAGAAAAGAAGUCUUCAGUAGUUGAUGUCAGUGGAUUUAUUGAUAGUCCGUUAGGUGUACACAAUCUACAGUCGGCAGUACCAACAAUCACUUGUCAAGAUGAAUGCCUAAUGGGAAUAGAUGAAGCUGGCAGAGGACCAGUGCUAGGCCCAAUGGUGUAUGGAAUCAGUUACUGUCCAAUAACAAAGACUAAGGAUCUGGAGAAGUUAAAAUUUGCUGACUCUAAAGUUCUUUCUGUAUCACAGCGUGAGGACCUCUAUCAUACAAUAACUGAAUGCAACGAAUGGUUGGGCUGGAAGGCAUGCAUUCUCUCGCCAAAUUAUCUCUCUAAUUGCAUGCUAAGGAGGAGUAAAUAUAAUUUAAAUUCAAUCUCGCAUGAUACUGCUAUUGAUUUAAUUAGGAAGGUUCUUUCUGAUGGCGUCAAACUCACUGAAGUAUAUGUAGAUACAGUGGGGAAGCCAGAGUCUUACCAGUCGAAACUAGAGAGCAUUUUUCCUCAGUUGAAGGUCACAGUCACUAAAAAAGCUGACAGUUUAUUUCCUAUUGUCAGUGCUGCUAGUAUUUGUGCCAAAGUUAUCAGAGAUGCUUGCCUAACAGAAUGGAAGUUCACAGAGGGUGAUGAUUGCUAUAGUAAAUCAUUUGGUUGUGGAUAUACAUCAGAUACUACAACAAUAAAUUGGAUGAAGGAUUGUAUUGAUCCUGUUUUUGGAUUCCCAACUCUUGUCAGAUUCAGUUGGUCGACUGCCAGUAAGAUGCUGGAAUCAAAUGGACUCUUAGUGAAAUGGCCCGAUGAUGACGAAGAUGAAGAACAGAAAGCAAAUUGUCCUAAAAUUAGUUUAUUUUUUGGAAAAGCAAAGACUAAUGGAGAUGGGCCUAAACCGGCAAAGAGACAUAGAUACUUUGAAGAGAGGAAACUAGAAGCAGUUGACCAUUUUAUUUGAUCCUAUAGAUCAUUUCAUGAGCACAUUUAAAAUUUAUUAUUAUUAGAAGAAGAGGCUGGGUGAAGUGCAAAAUACCCUUGGUAAUUCUUUGUUUGAAGUGUUAACUCAGCAUUAUUAUUUUUUAUACAAUAGUUGCAUCAUUUUAACAGGUGACUGAUAAGAACGUGCUCACAUCGUGCCACACAUGUCCACGAAUUUUAUUAAUGACCUAUGAAUAUCAUUAUAUAAAGCCUCAGCCUUCAAUAAAAUUGAAUUGUCUCUUCAACCUUCAAACUCGCCAUCGGUUCUCUCUCUGACGUUUUGUUAUUGUCGUGAGUUCUCUUCCAAGUCAAGAAGUAGUUUCUAAUAUCACUGGAUCAAUCAUGUUAGAAGCUCUGUCUCGCGUUCUUCUCUUACCUGUCAACAUAAUCGUUGUCCUAGUCCUCCUCCCGAUAGUAUUGAUCGGCCAAGCUAUUAGCGGUAUAAGUAGUCUGAUGGGGUUGCUCUCUCUCGUUCAGUCUGGUGACAUCUCAGAAGCCGUGGCGUUUUUGAGAUCGGACAGUUCUGAUCCAAGAAGGAAGUUAAUUCUUUCUGAGAAAUUCCCGAACAGUAUAGCAGUUAGAUCCUAACCAUCCAUAGACUCCUCUAAUUAUUGUUAUAAAUACUCUGAAGGCAAAAUAACUCUUCUAUUGAUCUCCCCUAGUGUUUAUUCCCUGUAACAAUUAUUACAUGUAUUAAUUUUUGAUCAUUCAUUUUGCUGUCAACAACAUUA